AUGGCGUUCAGAUGUUUUUUCUUGUAUGUUUACUUGCUAUAUGAACUUCAAGGCAAAUGUUUGGCUGAUGAUAGGGGGAUAGUUCUGGGAGUCUGGAAUAAUGCUUCACUGUCUACAAUCACGAAAAUACCAACUUCUGGGACGAAUCAAAUAACCACAAUUCCUUUUCCGUUGAAUCCAAUAAACACAAAAAUCACAAGUAUCGCAGCUGUUCCAAGAAACAAAAUGUUGUUCGUAUCUGCUGGAAGAGAAAUAUUUGCAAUUAACAAUUACAGUAUUUGGCAGAAUGAAUCUUUGACCUUUUCAGUGAUAUUCAGUGGAAAGUCAUAUGCCUUUGGUCAAAUUGCAUUUGAUCAUCUAUCGAAUAAUCUAUAUUGGUGCGAUGGAUUUCUCAACUGGAUAGCUAUGAAAUCAUUGAAUGUGAACAAUACCAAUACCACGUACAAAGUAAUCAUUGAUAAACAUUUGGAACAGCCGGAAGGGCUCGCACUUGACCCUGAAGAUGGAUUGCUAUUCUUUUCCGAGAACUCGCCGAGUGUUCGAAUAGAAAAAGCUUCCUUAGAUGGAGAGAAUAGAUCUGUUAUUGUAUACAGAAGCUUGUUAAGAAUAAUGUCCCUUUCCACGGAUACUGAAAACAACCUGCUGUAUUGGGCUGAUCUUGAUCGAGAAACAGUGGAGGUUUGUAACUAUGACGGGUCUAACAGAAAGGUCCUGAGACGAAUGGUUGAUAUACCACUCACAGGAGUACAAUAUUUUGAGGGUGUGAUUCACGGUGUAAGCCUUCGUAGAAGAAAGCUUGUAGGAAUUGACGUCAAUUCGAGAGAAAUUCUGUACGAAGUGACAUUACAAAUCGGUGAUCCAUUUGUCUUAGCUGUUUAUGAUGUUAAAACCAACACAAGUUUGACUGAUCCAUGCUCUGGUCAGUAUUGCCAGCACAUCUGUGUCAACACUCCACCAGGUCCAAAAUGUCUCUGUGCUGAAGGAUAUAUACUUGGAGCUGAUAGCUACUCUUGCAAUGAGAGAUCCUGGUUUUAUGACAAAGGAAUUAUUGUAAAUAAUGCGACUAUGUUUUAUAUGUUGGAUACAAGAUCAUUAAACGGACAGGCAGAGAGGGUUCCUUAUUUUCAAAUUCCUACUGCAAUAAUGACAACGUUUGCCAUUAACGCUUAUUCAAGAGAAAUAUACUUUGCUGACGCAAAAAGGAAUGAAAUAUACAAACUUGACAUUUAUACAAACCGUUACUCUAAUAUUCUUUCUACAAAUCCCGUAGCAGGUAUACUUAAAUAUUAA